CCGUUAAUUACAUUCUUGUACCACGCUGCGAUUAGCUGGCGAAGAGCAGAAGAGAAGGAAUCGAAGGACAGAGGGAGAGGAGGAGAAGAGUGAGCGAAUUUCUCGAUCAAUCCUCCAGUCGCAGAGUAGACAGAGAUCCUGCCAUCUUAUUCUCCUCCUCUUGAUCAAUCUUCGGCCAAAGCAAUCCCUUCUUGAGAUCCCUCUGCUCAUCUAUUUCGUUUCGUGGCGAGAGAUCCGGAUUUCGAGCUUGUUAUCCGGUCUUCUCCUAGAUCUUUGCGUGUUUCCGUGGAGAAGCUGUGUUCCGUAAGUAGAAGGAGGUUCUUUGCCCAGUUUUUAGUCGUUUUGGGGAUUCCUGCUCGUUGUUUUGGUUUCCUAUGGGAGGAAUGGAUCGGAGGAGGCCCUAGUGUUCUGAGAUAGAAUAAGGUGAGUUGGUAUUUGGGGCGAUCGAGGGGUAUUUAGGGUUUGAAUAAUCUUGAGAGAUGGAGGGAGAGAUCGGAGCGCAGGUUGCUCCUUCCAUCUUCUUGCACCACCAUCACCAGGCCAUCCAUGACGCGCGGCUUCUUGCGAAAAAGCGAGAGCUUCCUUGGAAAAAUCCCAUCUUUGAUCAUAUCCAAUCCCUGGAGAGCCAGCACCAGUUGAUGGGCUCUUCUCAGUCCAAUUCCGGUGGCAAUUGGAACCCUAAUAUGUGGGAUUGGGAUAGCGUGAGGUUCACCGCUACCCCCGCGCCGGAUGCUGCGGACCUACUCUGUCUGGGAUCGCAGCCUUCUUCUUCAGCUGCUGCUGUGACUGACCUGGCGAACAAAGGUAGCGAGUGGUCGAAAAAUUCAAAAUCCAGCAGGAGUUUGGAAGAUGAUAAUGGGGAACUAGCGCUGAAGCUAGGAGGCGGAGGUAAUUUGGUGGAGGAGCCAGCAGGGGUUAGGCCUGGCAAGAAGGCGAGGUCAGGCUCGCCAGGGAGUAGUAACAAUUACCCGAUGUGUCAGGUGGAUGAUUGUCGCACCGAUCUGUCGAGCGCCAAAGAUUAUCAUAGGCGCCACAAGGUGUGCGAGAUGCACAGCAAGACCGCCAAGGCCCUCGUUGGAAACCAGAUGCAGAGGUUCUGCCAACAAUGUAGUAGAUUUCAUCCUCUUUCUGAGUUUGAUGAGGGUAAGAGAAGUUGUAGAAGGCGACUUGCAGGACAUAAUCGGCGCAGAAGGAAGACUCAACCAGAGGACAAUUCUUCUAAGCUAUUGCUACCAAAAAACCAAGAAAAUACGACAAAUGGGAACCUGGAUAUUGUGAAAUUGUUGGCUAUGUUAACUCCCUUAAAAGGUAGUUAUCAUGAUACACCAACUGGUAUUUCUCCUCUACCUGAUAAAGACCACCUGCUACAGUUUAUCAGUAAAUUAAGCACUUCAAUUAGUGGAGACUCUUCUGAAAGAGCUAUUGCACCUGGUGGUUUUGAUUUGAAUAUAUGUCAAGAUGGAUCUCUAGCUUCCCUUGAGAAAUCAAUAAAGGCAGCUGAGGAGAAAAAUGCACUAUCCACUGCAAGCGACAUGUUGGCAGUUCUUUCUGCAGCAUUGGCGGCAUCCGUUCCUCCUGUCCCUGCAUCUCUUUCACGUGGGAGCAGUGAAAGUAGUGGCAAUCAUAAGGCCAAAGUACAAAAUGCAGAGCCCUCUUUGCAUAAUAAGCCAACCAAUCUGUAUGCUUCAGUUGCCUUGACAAGCAAAGGUAUCAUCAGUCAAUCUCCUACGGAUGUUCCUAAUCAGAUGGCUCAGCAACUUCACCAGAGUUUGCCUUUGCAACUUUUUGGACCUUCUGAUGAUGACAAUUCUCCAGCAGAGGGAUUUUCAAUUAAGUAUUUAUCCUCAGAAAGUAGCAACCCUAUGGAAGACAGGUCACCUUCAACUUCACCGCCUGUUACGAAAAAAUUAUUUCCUCUGAAUUCGACUUUCGAAGGGGUGAAAAAUACAGGGAGAUCACAUUACAGGGAAGAAAAUACAAAUGUUGAAUCAAGCAGCACUUGUGGUCCAAGUGCAACGCUUGAUCUUUUUCAGAAUUUUGAAAGAACAGCAGAUCAUGUUGCCUAUAAAUCAACUUGCUCAGAUCACUCUCCAUCAAGUUCCAAUUCUGAUGCUCAGGAUCGCACUGGGCGAAUAAUUUUCAAACUCUUUGGCAAGGAUCCUAGUAGCUUUCCUGAUGCUCUUCGUGCUCAGGUACUUAAUUGGCUCUCAAACAGCCCUUUGGAGAUGGAGGGUUACAUCCGGCCUGGUUGUGUUGUCCUGUCAAUAUACUUAUCGAUGCCAUCAAUAGCAUGGGAAGAUCUUGAAGAUGAUCUUCUUCAGCGUGUCACUUCUCUUAUUCAAUGUUCUGAAACUGAGUUCUGGCAAAAUGCGAGGUUCUUAAUUCGUACAAAUAGACAGCUGGUGUCACACAAGGAUGGGAAGAUCCGCAUAUCUAAGACUUGGAGGGCAUGGAGUGCUCCUGAAGUGACUUCAAUAUCACCUGUUUGUGUUGUAGCUGGGAAGGAAACUUCCCUUCUUCUUAAAGGUCGCAAUUUGACUGUUCCAGGCACCAAGAUUCAUUGCACAUAUAGAGGUAAAUACAUGUCGAAAGAAAUUCUUUGCUCCACAUACCCAGGCACUAUAUAUGAUGAUUCAUGUGUGGAGAGCUUUGAUUUUCCUGGAGGAUUUCAAGAGCAGUUCGGUCGAUGUUUCAUUGAGGUUGAAAAUGGUUUUAAAGGAAACAGCUUUCCUGUCAUUAUUGCCAAUGCCGAUAUCUGCCAGGAAUUGAGAGCCCUCGAAGCAGAUUUUCAGGAAGUUGGUAACAGUCCACAGUGCACAACAAAGCAGGAUGUUCUCCACUUCCUAAAUGAGCUUGGUUGGCUGUUUCAGAGGACACAUGCAUCAUCUGGCCUGUUGUUUUCUGAUUUCUCAGUUUCACGGCUGAAGUACCUCUUGACAUUUUCGGUGGAACGAGAUUGGUGCACUCUUCUUCGUACUCUUCUGGAUAUUCUUGUGCAAAGAAGCUUAAAGGAUGACACUUUAAGACACGAGUCAUUCGAACUGCUUUCAGAAGUUCAUCUGUUGAACAGAGCAGUUAAGAGAAAGUGCCGGAAAAUGGUAGAUCUUCUGAUCCAUUAUUGUGCAGUUCAUGGAAAUGAUGCAACGAAGGUGUAUCUUUUCCUGCCAGACAUGGCUGGACCUGGCGGCAUUACCCCAUUGCAUAUGGCUGCUAGUAUGGAGGAUUCGGUCGACAUGGUUGAUGUUCUCACUAACGAUCCACAAGAGAUUGGUUUGAAGUGCUGGAAUUCGGUACUCGAUGACAAUCAUCAGUCCCCCUACAUGUACGCAAUGUCGAAGAACAAUAUAUCUUAUAACAAUCUGGUGGCCAGGAAGCUCGCUGACAGGGCAAAUGGACAAGUGACAAUAUCAUUUGAAUGCGAGAUCUCGACCGUGGGAGAAUCAAGAAGGCAUGGCUCCCAAGUUUUAGCGUCGGGAUCUUGUGCUCAAUGUGCCAUGACGAGGAACAUGUGGCUUAGACGAACACAUCGAACGGGGCUGCUUCAACGGCCUUAUGUUCCCUCAAUGCUCGCAAUCGCUGCCGUGUGUGUUUGUGUCUGCUUAUUUUUCCGAGUCCUGCCACAGCUUGGGAGUGUAGAUCCAUUCAGGUGGGAAAAUCUCAACUUUGGCCCACAGUAGCUACGAAUAGCAGAUCGUCCAGAGUUGAAUAUCCUGUUUACAUGGUAUCCGGAGGUGUUGUUACUCUUUUGGUUUCCACAAAAGGGAGAGACGGCAAGCUCCCUCAUGGCAAGUUAUCCGCUCGAACAGCCUGUGCAAAUUGAUGCAGUUUGCAGCGGAACCGAGUGGCGUAAAAGGAAUUCCUCUGCCAAACUUGCAGAUAUAGAACAGGAUGCAAGAAUUCAUCUGGAACUAUAACUCUCUUCCUCACUGCUCUUUGGAGACCACAGCAACAAGGAGAAUGAUGGAUCAUGGAAAGGGUUCAGAUUGAUACUGAUCGAUAUUCUUUUGUUCGAUCGAUAACUGCUGACACAAACACAAAGAUGAGAGAAGACUCUUCCAAGUUCAAUCCUUGAGCUGGUUUGGUGUUUUGUAAACUGUACAUGUCUACUAUGGCAUCUCUUUAUAGUUGAGUGCUACUUUGUUCUUCAGAUUUCUAUUGAUCAAGUGGUGGUACUUUUAGUAGUAUCUUGAAGUUCAUUGUAUGUGUCCCCAGGGCGUAGCACAGAUGGGAAGUGCAUGGUUCUGUGGUUGAAAGGUCCAGGGGUCGAUCCCCGGGGUGUCACUGUCUGGGGUUAACGUCUCCGCUAUGUAUUUUCCAUUUGUGUACCUGUAUUUAUCUCCCUCCAUAUCCGUGGGAUCGACUCUAGGGGGACCGCUGAUGUGACAGUUCCAUAUUUUUUGAAGUUCAUUGUAUGUAUCUCAUCCAUUGUCAAAAUGGCUGUUUUUAUUUUAGCUUAUUUUAUAGAUUAAAUGUCCA